GAUUCAGAGUUCCCUGUUGAUACUCAAGUGAACCCAUACCUUGUGCAUGCUAAAGAAUAUACUCAACCCCUGGAAUCUGAAGAGUAUAAGCUGAGCAACGUUUUAAAAGUGCAUGACUUAGCAGUGAGCUGUUUGGCUUUACAUCCCCAAAAAGACAUGGUAGUCACUGGCAGUGAUGACCACCUCUGGAAAAUGUGGGCUUUACCUGAUGGGGACAUCAUCAUGACAGGUGAAGGUCACACUGAUUGGCUUUCGGGCUGCUACUUCCAUCCAAGUGGCAUGCAGCUGGUCACUUCAAGUGGGGAUACCACAGUGCGGAUAUGGGACUUUUCAAAAUGUGGAUGCAUUCUGACUUUAGAAGGACAUACCCAUGCUGUACAGGACUGCUCAUGGCAUUCGUGUGGCGAUUUCGUGGCUUCUGCCUCCACGGACAACACAAGUAAAAUAUGGGAUGUUAACAGUGAGAGAUGCAGAUAUACGAUGUGUGGCCAUAAAGAUUCGGUCAAUAGCAUUGAGUUUCUUCCAUUCUCAAACACUGUUCUCACCAGCUCUGCUGACAAGACUUUGUCUCUGUGGGAUGCCAGAAUGGGUCUCCGUGUUUACACAUUCUGUGGUCACCUGCAUUCCUGUACUCAUGCUACAUUUAACAUGAAGGGUGAUACAAUUGCUUCCUGUGACUCCUCCGGCGUGAUGAAGCUCUGGGACAUUCGGAAGGUGGUCCCUAUUUUAUCUGUAGAUGCAGGCCCACGUCCUGCCAACCAGGUCAUCUUUGAUCACUCCGGGCGUCUCGUGGCUCUGGCGAGCAGCGAUGGAUCCGUUAAGGUUCUGCAACUUGACGUUGGGCAGCUCUCCAGCCUGCGGGGCCACGGCGGCGAAGCGCACGGCGUUACCUUCCAUCGCAAGGCAGGGCAGCUGCUUUCCGGGGGCGCCGGCGGUACGGUUUGUCUCUGGAACCGAGGACCGGCACGCUGCUUAAC